GUAGCAAGGCUGAACCUGCCCUUUCAAUGUGACACACGAUUUUCUACACGUUUCAUACAUUCUCGAGGAUGUUAUGGCCGCCUCGCAGGCGAUGUGGCAGGUUAUUCCUUGUUUUCGCGAUGAUAGUGUCCAUUCUCAUCACGUUCCUGAAUUACAAUGUCCUCAAGGAACUGCCUAUGAACUCGGAUUCGCCGAGGGGAAGAACUGUUACAGAUAAGUGGAAAAACAGAGAUGUUGAAGAAAGAGUACAUAGACUUGAAGAGCACAUCUUUGGUAAAGAAAAGCCUGGGGAAGAAGAAUGCCAGGUUCCACAUGACUGGUUGUUUCCAUUUUGUGAAUCAAAAAUUCAAUUUAUGCAGCAACUCUGGGGAACAAAUGCAGAAUGCUAUGUUAAAAGACACAAACUGAAACCAGAGAACCUUUGCUCUGUCAUUAUUUACCUUAGUGAGGUUGAAAGAUUUUGUCCAUUGCUGCCAUGGCGGCGGAAAAACAAUACAAGAACCAAAGAACCCAAGCUCGCAGAAAUGAGGUUUGAGUUACAUCAAGCAUUCAUAGACACCCUGAAUAAGUUGAAUUUGCGGUGGAUGCGAGACCGUAUCACAAGAAUGUGGCCUCAGUGGGCGGCAGCAGCUAAACGAUUUGCAGCAGAGGGAUCGCUACGCAGGAAACAUCACCUAAAAAAGAUUUUUAUUUUCUUCGGCACGUAUGCUUUUCAACCCAUUUGGUUGGAUAUGGCUUACACUGGGGCACCUCUGGGGGAGAUGGUGCAGUGGAGCGAUCUGAUAGCUGCGUUGUAUAUUUUGGGACAUGAUGUGACACUCUCCGUCAACUCUACCACGUACCAGGGUUAUCUGUCUCCUCCAAAGUCACGGGGUUGUUCUGACGUGUUUGAACCUGAGUUUGACCUGAUUUAUACAGAUUACAAUGGAUUGUCCUACAUGAGGAGCCACAUCGUUCCAAACAUGUCGCCUUAUCUAUGUCGAGUGAGAAUUCUUGACUCCUUUGGAACGGAAGCACAGUUUAACUAUGGAGCAUAUGGAGUGGCGAUACCUGGCGAGAAGACAAUGUGGGGGCGAGCUGAUGUCAAUCUGCGGCAGAUCAUGACAAUGUUUCCUCAUAGUCCAGAUAACUUGUUCUUGGGCUUCGUGGUUAGUGAACCUAUUCCAGAAGACGCUAAACCAAUGAAGAAGAAACCGAUUGGACUAGUUUAUGGGAAAGACGUUGAAUUCUGGAAGGGAAAAAGGGAAUACCUUGACACGUUACAUAAAUAUUUGGAGAUACAUGGAACGUACUUUGGGAUGUCGGAAAAAGAGAUUAAAGAAAAUGUUCCUGAGUACGUGUUAGCACAUGGUAUUCUUAGUAAACCCGACUUGGAAAAACUUUUACAGGAAACUAAGGUAUUCAUAGGUCUUGGAUUUCCGUAUGAAGGCCCUGCACCACUGGAGGCAAUAGCACAAGGCUGUAUCUUUCUAAAUGCCAAGUUUGACCCUCCGCAUAAUCGCCUCAACACAGAAUUCUUCAAGUUCAAACCAACACUCAGAAACAUUACAUCACAGCAUCCUUACGCCGAAGUCUUCAUCGGAAAGCCGCACGUGUUCACUGUUGAUAUUUCUAAUCUUUCACUUGUAGAAGAGGCUGUGAAGGAGAUCUUAAAAAUUGAGGUCAAGCCAUACCUUCCUCGUGAAUGGACGCAUAAAGGCAUGCUGGAACGUGUGAAUGCUUUCACAGAAUAUCAUAACUUUUGCGAGCAUAUCGAGCGGUGGCCCCCAUUAUCAGAAAUGACGCUAGUGAUGGGUGCUGCAGGGAAAUCGUGUGUUGAGGUCUGCAAAGAACGUGAACUACUGUGCGAACCGACCUUCUUUGUAGACGUAAACACUGAAGAAGACCUUAAAAGAUUUGGAAUGAAGUGUACCCAUGUGGAGACCAAAGAGUCACUGAUAGCUCCAAGCUACGAUGUGUCAACCCUAACGUGCACGCUGCAGGAACAGCCUGUUCUGUUCGCAUGCGUAGCUAAAGAACCUUCUGCCAGACGCCUCUGUCCGUGCAGAGAUUUUCAAACACAACAGGUGACGUUUUGCAAAAAGUGCCAUUAGUAACUGACAUAAAACAGACCACUGCAUCUUCUAACUUGCUCAACAAGUGUUUUGAGAUGGUAGUCAGAAGAAGUGAACUCCGUUCUCCAUCCGAUUGGAAUUAUGAACAUGGUGUUUGUGAACGUAGUUUUGGAGUUGGCCAAGUGGUAUGGGCCAUGGAGGAUAGAGGCUGAUAUCCGUGAAUUUACCCCCUGGGGUAAACUGACCCUGGAAGUAGAAAAGCACAACUACUAUUAAUACAAGGUCCUCAGCGGCUGAAAAUCUCUGUCUUAAACAUUCGAGAACAGACUAUAUAUAUAUAUAUGUAUAUAUAUAAAAUUUUUUUUAAGACUGGGCUCAAGGAUUUGGAAAAUUAUUUCCAUCUGUCUUCUUUCUCUACCUAAGUGAAUAUUUAAAAGAGUGUUACAUAGACGGCUGCGGAACAUUUUGAUUCAAGAGGAAACUUAUGUUGACGUCCAUACUUUAAUUGAUAAAUUUAGAAAACUAUAAUCUUUUUUAUUUCAUUUGUUGUUGUUUCUCAGCCUAUAAUUUUAUUCCAGUUGUAGUAUGUAAUACUCAAUUGGCUUAUUUAUAACUUA